UUUACAUGUUGCCAGUGACAACACUUGAGCAGGUCAACAAUUUCUCUGGUGAAUUUUAACUUGUUUGUGAGUUACUGGAACUAGUCAAUUAACAAAAUGGGGCCUCUUCCAACGGGCACGCGAACAGCCCAUAUUCAAUCAAGCCAUGGUCCGGACACAAACAUGAUGAAGUUCUAUGUGACACAGAAUUCUACCACAUAUGGCAAGCAUUAUGAGAACUUCAAGCCUCGGCCAGGUCGUCACUCAGGCACUGGGUAUCUUGCAAACUUUCGACCUGGAGUAUACUAUAACAGUAGGCUGGACCAUCAGGAUAAUCCAACUCUGGCGCGUAUAUGUGCCAAGAAUUACCGCAGUGUGACAAGCAUAGACUUCCAGGGAUUCAAAGAAAACCGAGGCAAUGAACCACUACCAUUUAACUGCCACCAGGUCGGCUCUGGCUUUGUUCGCCAGAAACCACUGACAACCCCACUGGAAAAGGAGGCGAGGGGUGUGUUUAUCGACACAAGGGCAGCCUCAGCCCCAGCCCACAUCAUGCCCAAGGCCAAGCCUCUCCUUCAUUCUAUCCAGGCCAAGGAUCCUGUAGAGCUGGAAAACUCAGGAUAUGGACCCAAGUAUAUGAUGUCGGAAACCAAACAGAGGUAUUUGGGGGCCCAGCCUGACAGAAAUGGCGUUAGUUAUUACCAUGUGGACACAUCAGGUAAAACAGUGGGACCGAAGGAGUUCUCUGGGUACGUCCAUGCCUACAAUGAAGAGCCCAUCACGUUUAUUCCUGGCAACCCACACAAGAACGACAGACCCGGAUGGGCCACAAUGAGACCAACUGGUACCAGCAUUAUGAAGACAGGCUUCCUGCCGUCCCAGUAUCCACGGGGAGAUGAACCAUUCCAGACCGUGUCUCACGGGUCAGAUCGAGGCUCAGGCUUCGUACGGGAGACGUCAAAGCCUAUGUACGUGCAUCGUGUGAUGGGCGAUGCUUACGACAAGGCUGGGAACAUUCCAGAUCUGAGGCUGAACAGGACACAGAAGAAUGAUCCCACGGAGUUCCUCAACAUGCAGCAUCCCAACAACUACUCUUCAAUAACAAUGGACACAUACAAGGGUCAACAGCGGCCUAGCCAGACAGAGUGUGACAGACUGGGUCGUACGGCGUCCGGUAACAAGGAGUUGUCCGGCUACAGUGAGAAUAACGAUCGAUUUGUGGCCGUCGACGACAACCCCAACAGGUUCAUCACUCACUACAUGACCAGGUUUAUGGACCGUACCGAGCAAGGCAAGGACCGGGAAGGUCACUGCCGAGGUGGUCUCCAGGAUCAGAAACCAGACGGCUUCACUAAGAGUACUGCUGUCCACUCGUACGGGCCGGAACUAGACACAACCCACACCAUUCGACGUCUAGAACCAUACGUAUCAAGGAGUAUAAAGGCCCGCGAUGUAUUCUAUGAUGACCACACCCACGACGCGAAACUCUACAACUUACAACACCCUGUCGCUGCGGUGUGAUAGAUUGUUCGUCCGUCUGUCUGUGGUCCCAUUGUUUAGGAAACAGUAUUCUUAGUAAAUUACAGACAUUUGUUCAUUGAUGCAUCAUAAAUAUGAAUAAGUAUUGUUUGGAAAUAUAGUGUAAAAAGACAUUAUUAGGAGAAUCAUCAGUGAAUUUAUUGUUGUUCAUAGUCUUAAACCAGUGUUGUUUAAAUUUCCCAGUUUUUUAUUUAUUGUUCAUGUAUGACCAUUUUUUUGUGUCAUAGUGUAAUGUAACUGUUUUUUGAAACAAAUUGAAUAAAUUUUUCAUUAUAUUGUCAAUUAUUAUGCAACUUUUGGAAAUAUUUGUACAAGAAACAAAAGAGAUAGUUGUUUCCUUCUUCUUUUCUUUCAAGAAGGAAAUUGCAAGUAUGUCUCGAAAAUAUUAGUAAUUAAACUUGGUGCAUGAUAAAUCAGUAGUAUUAAUUGUUAAAAACUUUCUGUGAUACAAGUUAUCAGUUUAUCCAAUCAUUUUAUUAAUUGUUUUACGUUUUAUUAAAUAUAUUUUUGUACAUUUGUAAAUAUAUUUGAGUUUUAAAGCUUUACAUAGUUUAACAUGCCGAUUUAUAUGAUUUAUUACACUGUGUACAUUCAUGUGUUAUAAGCUUGUAUUGUUUUGAUGUUCAAAUGUGCAAUCAGCUGAUUUCAUUGGAUGAUUGUUACACUGUUGUGAGCCAAUGAGAGUGUGUUUAGAUGUGAUAAAAGUUACUUCUUUAUUCUAUAAGUGUAGUAUAUCUGUGACACUGCUACGAUUUACAUAGAAGUGAAAUGAUUUCAUUUUUCGUCAGUAAAUGUUAUAUUUACUUGGGUUAUUUCUAGUUGCAAUCAAAAGUCAAAUCUAAUGGAAAACUUUUCACAUGCUGUUUGUUCAGUCUUUGUCUUGCUUUUAAAUUGCAUUACCCAUUAAAAUGCUGUUUUUCUGAAUUUUGGUUUAUAACAAGUUUAUAACAACUUUUAAGGGUUUCAAGAUUUAAACCAGGACUGCCUCAUUUACUGCCCUGACCUUUUUGUGACUGCCGUUUUGCCUUGUUACAUGUGCAUCCACAUCAUGAACUCACAAGUAAACUUAUCAGCUUUAGGGCUUAGAAUUGCUCCUUUUAAAGAAAAUGUGCUCAUGAAAUAUCUUGUACAAAGCUUUAUUUUGCAACAUUGUAUGUAUGGUAUGUAACAUUCAGGCAUUAUUUUAACAUAUAAUGGGUACAAUAGUCUAGUAAAAUAUAUUUUGUACAAGUCUAUCUCUUUGUUAGUUGUUAGUGCACUUAAAAUUAUUUUCGCCACAUCUUUAGUUACACCAAACCUUAUUAAUGUUAUAUUAACCAAACAUAGAAUCUGGCAAUCAAAAUGGUUUUGUUUUAGUUUUGUUCAUGAAUAUUAUAUGUACAUGAAUUAUGUUCUCUUGAGGAUAACAAACAGUAAAGCACCCUCAAACAUUUCCAUUAUAUAGUAAGUUAUCUGAAUUUUAGUUACCAUAAUGCUUGUUUCACAAUCAUCAAUGGCAGAUUCUGUUUUAUUUUGUGUUUUGUGUUAGUGACAAAGUUGAUUUAUAAUCUUAAAGUCAAUAAAGUGAACUUUACACAUUU